AUGGCUUCAAUGGACGUUAAUGUCCUAUUGUUACAGCGUAGACUUUUUGCUACAGCCGGUACCGGUGACGGUGUCGGUGCCGCAAAUCGGAUAGGAAACUUCCAAACCACGGUAUUGGAAAACGGUAUGACAGUUGCCACUGAGUUCAUGCCUGGAACUCGGAGUGCAACGGUAGGGAUGUGGAUUAAUGCCGGUUCACGAGCAGAUAAAGCCAGAAACAGUGGCACUGCACAUUUCUUAGAGCAUUUGGCAUUCAAAGGGACCACCCACAGAACUCAAAUGCAUUUGGAACUUGAAGUGGAAAACAUUGGAUCCCAAAUCAAUGCGUAUACUUCAAGAGAAAACACUGUUUAUUAUACCAAAUGCUUGGAGAAAGAUUUGGAACAAAACGUUGAUAUCUUGAGUGAUUUGCUCCAGAACUCAAAGCUUGAAACAAGAGCCAUAGAGAACGAGAGACAUGUGAUCCUCCAGGAAAGUGAUGAAGUUGAUAAAAUGUAUGAUGAAGUGGUCUUCGAUCACUUACACGCUGUUACUUAUAAGAACCAAGAUUUGGGUAGAACCAUCUUGGGACCUAGAGAAAAGAUCAACACCAUAAAUAGAGCAGAUUUGGUGGAUUAUAUCUCAACCAAUUAUAAAGGAGAUCGAAUGGCUUUGAUUGGUGUAGGUUGUGUUGACCAUGAAAAAUUGGUUGCUAUGGCUAAAAAGUACUUUGCAAAGAUUAAAAAGAGCUCAUCUCCUUUCCUUCAAGGUGGUGGUGAUGUUCCAAUCUUUUAUGGUGAAGAAAUCCGGAUUCAAGAUUCAACUCCUCCAAAUACUCAUGUUGUUUUGGCUUUAGAAGGUGUCAGUUGGUCAGCUCCUGAUUUCUUCACUGCUUCAGUAGCAAAUGGGAUCAUUGGUACCUGGGAUAGAUCCAUAGGAAUUGGUUCGAAUUCUCCAUCUCCUUUGGCGGUCACUGCUGCUACUGGUGGGCCCAACCAACUGCCCUUGGCCAACUCCUAUAUGGCUUACACGACUUCUUAUGCCGAUACCGGAUUAAUGGGUGUAUAUUUCACAGCAGAUAAAGAGCAGGAUUUGAAACCAAUCAUAGAUGCCAUUUUAAAGGAAUGGAAACGGUUAAGAACCGGAGAUAUCACUAAAGAAGAAGUCGAAAGAGCUAAAGCUCAAUUGAAAGCUUCUUUGGUCCUUGCUUUAGACGAUUCAACAGCUAUAGCUGAAGAUAUCGGAAGACAAUUGGUCAAUACUGGCUUUAGAUUAUCACCUGAAGAAGUCUUUGAAAGAGUUGAGAAUAUAACCUUAAAGGAUGUGGUGGAUUGGGCCAAUUGGCGCUUGAAAGAUAAACCAGUAGCCUUGGCUGCUUUAGGUAAUGUAAAGACAUUACCUUCUCAUGAAUACAUUCUGCAAGGAAUGAGUUAA